GGCAGCCGCGGCCGCCGGACGCGAAGGGCUGAGGCUCCCCCGCCGCCCGGGCCGGGGAUGGGGAACGUGGAGAGCGCGGACGGGGAGCCGCUGCCCCGGGGCCCGGGCGGAGCCCCCCUGGGGGGGUCCGGGCUGCUGCAGCCGGGGAAGAUGCCGAUGCCGGAGCCCUGCGAGCUGGAGGAGAGGUUCGCCCUGGUGCUGAGCUCCAUGAACCUCCCGCCUGACAAAGCCCGUCUCCUGCGCCAGUACGACAAUGAGAAGAAAUGGGACCUGAUCUGCGACCAGGAGAGGUUCCAGGUGAAGAACCCUCCCCAUACCUACAUCCAGAAACUGCAGACCUUCCUGGACCCCGGCGUGACUAGGAAGAAGUUCAGACGGAGGGUGCAGGAAUCGACCAAAGUGUUGCGGGAGCUGGAGAUCUCCUUGAGGACCAACCACAUCGGGUGGGUUCGGGAGUUUCUCAAUGACGAGAACAAAGGCCUGGACGUCUUGGUGGAGUAUCUCUCCUUCGCGCAGUGUGCCGUGAUGUUUGAUUGUGAGGGUCUGGAAAGCGGUGAGGACGGCGCGCUAGAAAAGCUGAAAUCCUGGAGCAGAUCCAUCGAGGAUCUGCAGCACCCCAUAACCCUGUCUGCCCCCUUCGCCACCAGCCUCGCCCGCUCUGGGCGCCCGUCCGCCCUACGCUGCAGCACCUUGCCCAGCAGGAAGGCAUUGAAGAACUCACGGCUGGUGAGCCAGAAGGACGACGUCCACGUCUGCAUCAUGUGCCUGCGGGCCAUCAUGAACUACCAGUACGGAUUCAACCUGGUGAUGUCCCAUCCCCACGCCGUCAAUGAGAUCGCGCUCAGCCUGCAUAACAAGAACCCCAGGACCAAGGCCCUGGUGCUGGAGCUGCUGGCGGCUGUCUGCCUGGUGAGGGGAGGCCACGAAAUCAUUCUCGCUGCCUUCGACAACUUCAAAGAGGUCUGCAAAGAGACACACCGCUUUGAGAAGCUCAUGGACUACUUCCGGAACGAGGACAGCAGCAUCGAUUUCAUGGUGGCCUGCAUGCAGUUCAUCAACAUCGUGGUGCACUCGGUGGAGGACAUGAAUUUCCGGGUGCACCUGCAGUACGAAUUCACCAAGCUGGGCCUGGAGGAGUUCCUGCAGAAGUCGCGGCACACGGAGAGCGAGAAGCUGCAGGUGCAGAUCCAGGCCUACCUGGACAACGUCUUCGACGUGGGGGGGCUGCUGGAGGACGCGGAGACCAAGAACGUGGCGCUGGAGAAAGUGGAGGAGCUGGAGGAGCACGUAUCCCACUUGACGGAGAAGCUGCUGGACCUGGAGAACGAGAACGUGAUGCGCGUGGCGGAACUGGAGAAGCAGCUGUUGCAGCGAGAGAAAGAGCUGGAGCUGGUCAAGGAGACCUUCGAGAGCGCGACUCACCAGGUGCACACGCUGCGCAGGAUCGUCAAGGAGAAGGAGGAGGCUUUCCGGCGUCACUGUGGCUCCCGCCAGCCCGGGGAGCCGGGGGGUGACCCGCUGCCGCCCCUGGAGGGCGAAGGGGACAUCCCCGACUACGACCUCCGCCUCCCGGUCUUGCCUCCUGUGGAGGCAGCCCCCCCGCCCCCGCCUCCCCCGCCCCCUGUGCCCCCGCCGGCCCCUCCACUGCCAGACAAGUGCCCCCCUGCGCCCCCACUGCCUGGGGCCUCGUCCUCCGUCAUCCUCACCGUGGGGUUGUCAGCCAUCCGGAUAAAGAAGCCCAUCAAGACCAAGUUCCGCCUGCCUGUCUUUAACUGGACGGCGCUGAAACCCAACCAGAUCAAUGGCACCGUCUUCAGCGAGCUGGACGACGAGAGGGUCCUGCAGGACCUGGACCUGGACAAGUUUGAGGAGCUCUUCAAAACCAAAGCUCAGGGCCCUGCCGUGGAGCUGCUCUGCGCCAAGAGCAAGGCCUCGCACAAGGCGGCCAGCAAGGUGACGCUGCUGGAGGCCAACCGGGCCAAGAACCUGGCCAUCACGCUGCGCAAGGCGGGCCGCAGCGCCGAGGAGAUCUGCAGGGCCAUCCACACGUUUGACCUGCAGACGCUGCCGGUGGACUUCGUGGAGUGCCUGACGCGGGUGCUGCCGACGGAGGCGGAGGUGAAGCUGCUGCGGCAGUACGAGAAGGAGCGCAAGCCGCUGGACGAGCUGGCGGACGAGGACCGGUUCAUGCUGCACUUCAGCAAGGUGGAGCGCCUGGCGCAGCGCAUGGCCAUCAUGGCCUUCCUGGGCAACUUCCACGAGAACCUGCAGAUGCUGACGCCGCAACUCAACGCCGUCAUCGCUGCCUCGGCCUCCGUCAAGGCGUCUCAGAAGCUGAAGCACGUGCUGGAGAUCGUCCUGGCCCUCGGCAACUAUAUGAACAGCUGCAAGCGCGGCUGUGUCUACGGCUUCAAGCUGCAGAGUCUGGACCUGCUGCUGGACACCAAGUCGACAGACCGGAAGCUGACGCUGCUGCACUUCAUCGCGCUGACCGUGCGGGAGAAGUACCCGGACUUGGCCACCUUCUGGCAGGAGCUGCACUUCGUGGAGAAGGCAGCAGCAGUGUCCCUGGAGAACGUGCUGCUGGACGUGAAGGAGCUGGGGCGCGGCAUGGACCUGAUCCGGCGCGAGUGCAGCAUUCACGACAACAGCGUCCUGCGCAACUUCCUGGGCGCCAGCGAGGGCCGGCUGGAGAAGCUGCAGAAGGACGCCAGGACGGCGGAGGACGCCUACAACAUGGUCGUGCGCUACUUUGGCGAGAGCCCCAAGACGAUGCCCCCCUCCGUGUUCUUCCCCGUCUUCGUCCGCUUCAUCCGCUCCUACAAGGACGCGGAGCAGGAGAACGAGCAGCGGAAGAAGCAGGAGGAGGUGUUGCGGGAGAAGAUGCUGGCCCAGGAGGCCAAGAAGCUGGAGAAGCGGAACAAGUGGCAGGAGCAGGAGCUGAUCGCGGAGUUGCGCCGGCGGCAGGCCAAGGAGCACCGGCCCGUCUACGAGGGCAAGGACGGGACCAUCGAGGACAUCAUCACGGACCUUCACUCCCAGCCGCUCAGACGGGCCAACGCCGCCAGCCGGAGCCUGGACCCCAGGGGCCUCUGUCCUGCCCCUCCCGCCCCCUGCCCCGACUCCGCACUGAAGGACCAAAGGGACCUUGGGCGAGGCUGGCUCUGUGCCUUGGGAAGUGCCUUAGAACGACAGUAUUAGCGAGGGCAAGGAAGCUCCACUUCGGCACGGUGGGGGCCGGCGUCCGCACCGGCACCGUUGGAAGGACACUGGCAGAUGCAGCAACCCCUGGCGCUCGGGUUCCAGCGGUCGUGACCCUGGGUGUGGGCCCCCCUGUGGCCCGA